UGCAUUCAUUCCCCUUCCGUCAGCUGCAUCCACUCGUGGCUGUCUGCUUGUCUUGCCCCCCUCUCGCUCUCCGACGACUGGUGCGCCGCGCCGCCGCCGCCCUAAGCCAGGUGCUGAGGCUUUAUUUCGUCUCUUCGCCGGCGAACGAGCACCCACGAGGCGUAGAGAGAGAUGGCGAGUCUAACCGGCCUCGCCGCGAACCCUAAUCCGAACAAGUCAUUCGAGAUACUGCCGAACCCGGGUGACUCCGUCUCCAGCCUCAGCUUUAGUCCCAAGAGUAAUCUGCUUGUGGCAACCUCCUGGGAUAACCAGGUGAGGUGUUGGGAGAUUGUUGGUGGCAACAGUCAGCCAAAGGCAUCCAUAUCACAUGACCAGCCGGUCCUCUGCUCCGCUUGGAAAGAUGAUGGAACUACUGUCUUCUCUGGAGGCUGUGACAAGCAGGUCAAAAUGUGGCCUCUGCUGUCAGGUGGGCAGCCUCAGACAGUUGCGAUGCAUGACGCGCCUGUCAAGGAGGUCGCCUGGAUUCCUCAGAUGAAUCUUCUUGUCUCUGGAAGCUGGGAUAAGACUUUAAGGUACUGGGAUACAAGACAAGCAAAUCCUGUGCAUAUCCAGCAACUUCCUGAGCGUUGCUAUGCUCUUACUGUGAAUUAUCCCCUUAUGAUUGUGGGAACUGCUGAUCGUCAUCUUGUUGUCUUCAAUUUGCAGAAUCCUCAGACGGAGUUCAAGCGUAUCCAAUCACCACUAAAAUACCAGACACGGUGCCUUGCUGCAUUCCCUGAUCAACAGGGGUUUCUGGUGGGUUCAAUAGAAGGAAGAGUUGGUGUUCAUCAUAUUGAUGAUGCACAGCAAAGCAAGAACUUCACAUUCAAAUGUCACAGGGAAGGAAAUGAUAUAUUCUCUGUCAAUUCACUCAACUUCCACCCUGUCCAUCACACAUUUGCAACUGCUGGAUCUGACGGCGCUUUCAACUUCUGGGAUAAGGAUAGCAAGCAGAGGCUAAAGGCUUUCAGUAGAUGCCCCCUUCCCAUUCCUUGCAGUACCUUCAACAGUGAUGGUUCCAUAUUUGCUUAUGCGGUUUGCUAUGACUGGAGCCGUGGGGCUGAAAAUCACAACCCUGCAGCUGCAAAGACAUCUAUCUAUCUCCACAGUCCACAGGAAACCGAGGUGAAAGGAAAGCCACGCCUCACGACAGGCAGGAAGUGAUUACAUUGCAGAAGAUGUUACUAAAUGGCUGCACAAGAAAUCAUGAUGUCACUCACUAGUUAUGUUGUGCCCCCCUCCUAUCUUGGGAAGUCUGGUAGAUUGUAAAUUUCAGCUUACUUGUAGGCGCCAAUUAUAGGGUUUCUGUUGGAAGUCUUAACAUGCUGUAGUACGUGGUGUUUGUGGUGUCUUCCAAAUAGAUUGUCUGUGGAGGCUCCGUGAUCAUCUCCCUACUGCUUAUUUUGGCAGUAAAAUCAGUGUACCAAAGAAUGUUCUAAUGUAAAUUUUCGUGCAUAUGGUCGUAUGGAUAGAUACUAAUGGAGUUGUAGUUCACAGAUAAAUCCGGUUCUGGAUUAUGAUGGGCAUGGAGCAAUCUAUGGAUACCCACCGAGCCAAUCGGUUCAAUCUAAGGUAGCCUUUCAGGUUGAGUGAUGAAAAGUUUGCCAGUUUAGGGCAUGUUUGGGACUGUUUACCUCCAUGUUUUUUUUAAGUUCCGCCCCAUGUUUUCCAGCAAAAACAUGUGUAGCUCUAUGAACUCAGUUCUGGCCAACCUUUGGGCUGGCUUU